GACCUACCAGCUGAGCUACACGAGGCUUUCGGUGAUCUGCAUCAACCUUUUGGGAGGACUGAGGCGAAGGCUGCAUUCGCUAUCGCUGCGGAGACGUGGGAAGAAGCGCAGGCGCAUAUUCACUGGGAAGGUUGGGACCCACGAGUGGAAGCUGUACUCAGGCAGGGCCCGAGGUCCAGCCCGCUGCUGGAAGUUGGUGCGAUCAACCCCUGGCAGGGUGCAUAUGAAGAGCGAGCAGGCUGAAUGGUGGGGUCUUACGAGCACGCUGGUAAUCAGGUAUGCAUCACUCAGACACAACGGUUCAGAUCCAGACCAGGCUGCCCAGUGCGUCGUGAAGGCGCAGAAGCUGAUCGCGCAGCCCGACGGUGUGGGCGAGGAGACCUACUUCGGCAAGCGGCAGGACCCUCAUGAGAUCUUUGUGUGGAAGGGCAUGGUGGCCCGCUUGGAUUGUGUUUCUUUGGGCACGUUACCUGGGCUAUUGGAGAGGACUCGCAGGUGGGCUGAUCUCUCACAUGCUCGGGCCACGUUGGCCUCCAGGUCUUCGUCUAUGACAAGGGUGCAGGAGAUGUGGGCUAAGAAACCUGGGGCCGUCCACCUUCACAUUAAGCCCACUGCUGGCCCUGUCUGGGAAAGUAAAGAUCCUUGGGGAACUUUCACUUCUGCAAAUCAGGCCAUGUUGCAAGGUCUGGCUACCGAAUGGAAGGGCACGUGGAAGGACCCAGUCGACCAGCCCCAGGAUAUACUGUCCAUGAUGCAGCGCUGCUUGUCCGCAGCGCGUGAGGACCCGCUGCCAAGUGUCACUCUUCUGGAUCUGGAUGCCGUGCUUCCCAAGAUACCAGCCAAGAAGGCAAAGGGCAUGGACGCGCUGUGCCCGCUGGACAUUCAACGCCAACCUGAUCAGGCACGUCAGGCUUUCGUCGACAUGCUGAACAUGGUCGAGUCUGCUGGCGCGUGGCCCUCCGCGAUCAGCACGGUCCUUGGAGCUGCUAUUCCGAAAGAAGCUGGAGGCUGCAGAGUACUUGGACUGGUCCCGGUGACGCAGAAGGUCUGGUCUAAGAUGCGCUCGAAGGUGGUGCUCCACAGGCUGUUGGAUCACGUUCACCGCGCGGUGACACCCGUGGGUUUGUGGAGCUACAUCGAUGACAUCGUGGGCAGAGCUGAAGGAUCCAAGCAGGAAAUCAUCGCGGAUUUAGAGGCCCCGGCAGAUGCGAUGGCCACUGGUUUGUCGAGGCUACACUUGCAGAUCUCAUCCAAGACCAAGCUGGUGGCCAGUUCUGAUGAUAUUGAAAUGGAACUACAGAAGAGGCUGAGGAAGAAAGGCAUUCCUGUGGAGUACGUGCGCUCGACGGUCGACCUCGGCUCUGACGCGGCUGCUUCACGAGUGCGUGCCACAUCCAAGAUGAUGAAGAGACGGGCUCAGGCGCGCCGUCGGCAGAAUCAAGUGAUGGAGGUUCGGCGCCUGAGCCGGGUCAGAUUUGUGACAAAGAAGUUGUGGAAUACUGGAGUAUGCCCUGCAGCGGUGUUUGGUCAUCAGAUUAUGGGAACCCCUCCUGCUACUCUGCUGGCCAUGCGUCGUGAUGCUGCAGCUGCCGUAGCUGGAGCGAAGAAAGGAAGGUGCCUCACCACGGUGCCCCAGUCGGUCUAUGGCAUGGCAGAGCCUGGAAUCGACCUUCGCCGGCAGCUGGUUCGCGAGUGGGCGGCAUUGUGGUUGACGCAGCCUUGCCCUCAUCCCAGGAUCAAAAAGACCUGGCCACUGAUGCUUGCGAAGCUCAAGCAGGGCAAAGCCACGCGGGGGAAAGACGUUCGAGGACCAAUAGCGGCGUUGCAGGCGGCUCUGUUGCAGGCUGGGCGGGGCCCGCAGUCGCCGCUUGUCUGGUCUCGCCCGACGCCUGAUGACACCAUCGGCGAUUGGAUUUUCCCUAGCUUUGGUGACGAGCAGUUUGGCACAGCGGUCAUGGCGCAUUUCGAUGAUAUGAUUGGGGCUUUCAUGGAUGAUUGCAUCGCCUUGCAGUGGAAGGCCGCAUCUCAACAUGUAUCAGGCGAGGACUUAGUGGACGGCGCCGGCCUGGCGACGGUGAGCAUCGAGCUGAAUCGCUUCGCCAAGCCUGCAGUUCGAAGA